AUGAGGAAGUUGUGUCCUAAUUUGGACAAGGAAGACGGAUUGGAGACAGUGCUGGAGGUUCCGAUGCCGGAGGAGUUGUUCGACGAAAUGGGAAGCAAUGCUGCGCUGCGUUGGCAAAAUAUGUUGAAAUUGAUGAAAGCUCAAAUCAUUUCUAUUGAUAAGUCGAUGCAUCUCCAAUCUAAAUCCAAAGAAGAGUUCUUGACUUUGCUCAAGAUUGUCGGUCCUCCUCUCAUUCCUUUUUACGUUCAACUUGAUUUUUCGCUUAACCUUAUACGUUCCGUUCAAGAUAGUUCUAUCGAGGCUUCUACAGCAAAAUACAUAGUGCAACAAUAUGUAGCUGCUUCAGGAGGACCAAUCGCAUUAAAUUCAGUGAAUAGUAUGUAUGCGAUAGGGCAGGUGAAAAUGCAAGGCUCGGAGAUGCAGCAUGGCGGUGAUCGUAUACAAGCCAAAGGAAAUUCUGAAGUGGGAAGUUUUGUUGUAUGGCAAAAAAACCCUAACUUGUGGUACUUAGAACUAGUUGUUUCUGGCUUCAAGAUUAGCGCCGGAAGCGACGGUAAGAUUACAUGGAACCAGUGUUCUUCUCAACAUUCUCAUGCUAAUCGAGGACCUCCUCGCCCCUUACGCCGCUUUUUUCAGGGACUGGAUCCUAGGUGCAUGGCAAGCUUGUUCUUGGAUGCUGUGUGCAUUGGAGAAAAGACCAUUAACAAAGAAGAAUGCUUCGUGUUAAAGUUGGAGACUCCAACGGACACGCUCAAGGCUCAGUGUUCGCCAAACACCGAAAUCGUGCACCAUACAAUAUGGGGAUAUUUCAGCCAAAGAACAGGAUUGUUGGUAAAAUUUGAGGAUACCAAACUAGUGAGGAUUCAAUCUGCAAAAACAAACAAAAACAAUGUGUUCUGGGAGACGACGAUGGAGUCAAUGGUCGAGGAUUACAGAUACGUCGAGUCUAUCAAUAUAGCACAUGGCGGCACCACUAUCACCACGCUUCAUAGAUACGGAGGGCCAACAAACCACAAGAGAAAGAUUGAGGAGACAUGGGGGAUUGAAGAAGUUGAUUUUAACAUUUGUGGGUUAUCCAUGGAUUGUUUUCUGCCUCCUGGUGAUCUGAAGAGAGAACAAGAAGGUGGUGAGAGCAAGUAA